AUGACUUACUCACUGUUCAUCGGCAACAAGCGCUAUUCCUCUUGGUCAAUGCGACCCUGGGUUAUCCUCAAAGCCCUCGACAUCCCCUUCGACGAGAAACUGAACCUCUUCAAACCUGGUCGUCGUCAACCCGACUUUCUCACUUUUUCACCAACUGGAAAAGUCCCCUGUCUUCAUGAUGGAGAAACAUCAAUUGUUAUUUGGGACUCGCUAGCUAUCUGCGAGUACAUCGCAGAGAAAUACCCCGCUGCUUGGCCGACCGACGCAGCAGCACGUGCUUUUGCUCGUAGCGCCGCUGCGGAAAUGCACUCUAGCUUUGACGCCAUUCGCGAUGAGUGCUCUAUGAACGUUGGCUUGAGGAUUGAGCUUGGAACACCGAGUGAAGCGCUGCAGAAGGACAUCAACCGCUUCAACGAGCUUUUCAAAGAGGGGUUGGACAAGUUUGGUGGACCGUGGUUGGCGGGUGAUAAGUUUACGAUUGUGGAUGCUAUGUAUGCUCCUAUUGCUUCGAGGGUCAAGACUUUUGGUAUUGAGCUGGAUGGCGCGGCGAAGGAGUAUGCGGAUCGGUUAUUUGAGCAUGAGGCUGUGCAGGCGUGGAUUCAGGGUGGUAUUGAGGAGACGAGCAGGGAGCCUGGUCACGAGGAUGAUUGUGUGAGAGGCCGAAAGAUUCUGAAGGACUUGACCAAGGAGUAA